CCCCGCUCCUCUCAGCUGGGAGGCGCCCGCCCGCACCGGCCACCCGCCCUCUCCGGCAGCUCUCCCAGCCCGACCGCCUUAGACAAAGUUUUUCUCAUCCGAGGGAUCGGAGGCGCCGUGAGCCUUCUGGUAGGGAACGGGGGACGGAAGCGGAGGCGAGCGCUGUGCGGGGUCCGGGGAGUGCAUGGUUCCCGGCGCCUCGGCUGCCCAUCUGGAGGACAUCGGGGCGGGGUCGGUUGAGCCCCGCUCCUUCUUGUAGCCUCAGCCUCGCCACAGAUCGCCCUCUGGGACUGCUGCGGGGGUCCCCGCUCCCCAAACCGCCAUGUCCCGGUUGCUGCCACUGCUGAGGAACCGGACCACGCGCAGCCUGAGGCCGGGCCCGGUCGCCGCCGCCGCGCCCCGCCUGCCCUCCUGGUGCUGCUGCGGGCGGGGGCUGCUGGCGCUCGCAGUCCCCGGGGGCUCCCCCGGCGGCCGCCGGGGACUGGGCACCCAUCCCAAGAAGGAGCCCAUAGAGGCGCUGAACACGGCGCAGGGCGCGCGCGACUUCAUCUACAGCCUGCACUCCACCGAGAGGAGCUGCCUGCUCAAGGAGCUGCACCGCUUCGAGUCCAUUGCUAUCGCCCAAGAAAAAUUGGAAGCUCCACCACCCACCCCAGGACAGCUGAGAUAUGUAUUCAUCCACAAUGCGAUACCUUUCAUAGGGUUUGGCUUUUUGGAUAAUGCAAUUAUGAUUGUUGCAGGAACCCAUAUUGAGAUGUCUAUUGGAAUUAUUUUGGGAAUUUCAACUAUGGCAGCUGCUGCUUUGGGAAACCUUGUGUCAGAUUUAGCCGGACUUGGACUUGCAGGCUACGUCGAAGCUCUGGCUUCCAGGUUAGGCCUGUCAAUUCCUGAUCUCACACCAAAGCAAGUUGACAUGUGGCAAACGCGUGUUAGUUCACAUUUGGGCAAAGCUGUUGGGGUGACUAUUGGCUGCAUUCUAGGAAUGUUUCCCUUGAUUUUCUUUGGAGUAGGUGAAGACGAGGAAAAACUGGAAAAGAAAAAUUAACCCUCUUAGAGUACCUAUAAAAAGAUGUAAACUAAUGUACCUCAAUUAUUAAAUAUGCUGUCACAACAUUUAGGUAUUAAGACAGUAACAGUGUAUAGAUAUGGGAUCAAAUAAUUUGAGCAUGUAUUAUGGAAAACACUAACUUAUUGUGGCUUGGUUUUAUUAGGACAUCUUUUUUUUUUAAAAAAAACAACUGUUUAGUAUCAUUUUGUGUAAAUUGUUGAAAUGCUCUUUCAUCAAUGGCAGUCAACAUUUUAUUUUUCCUUCUCUUUCUUUAUAUAUCCAAAUAUCAUUUAAGUAUUAGUCACUGAUGUACUGUACUGACUUGGGGGUUUAUUUGUUACUUAAUGUGUACAUGCAUGAAAGCCUUUUCUGUUGUUGUGUUCUGUAUAGUUAUAAUUCAACCUUAAGAUUUUUCCAAAUUACUUAAGAUGUUUAAUAUCAGUUGAAGGUUUUUUACUCUUUCUGGCAACAUCAAUUUUGUACUGUUUCACAGUAAACAUUCACAAUUAUAUAAUUUGUCAUCUUUUUUUACUCCCACAUCUGUUCCAAAUGGAUGCAGACUUUAGAUAUUUUAAGUUUUUAUUACUUAUUUUAAUUUUCUAACCUUACUGUCUCAAGUGCCAGAGGUCAGUUAGAAUGAGCAAUUAUGUGGUCUCCCUACUUACAUAAAACCAUAUAUGUUAAGUAUCUUAUUUUGAAGUGAUGUUUUUACUUUUAAUUUCUCAAUUUUGCAUAAUUAAAUGGUGGUUUUUGACUCCUGAGAGGAAGAAAAUUAUUACUUUAGGUUCUUUUUAAUGGUGAUUGUGGAAUUAGAGUGAAUAAGAACUAAGAGUUUUGACAUGACACGUGGAAAUUAAGAGGCUAAAAAAAUUUUUUUUGAGAAAUAGAAAAUGGGAACUGUCAAGAAGGUUUAUGGUAUAAAAGGUAAAGUUGAAAGGAUGUUUGUAAAGUUAGUGAGAUACAACUUAUAUUGUUUGGGAAGGAUUUUUCUCCCCAAAGUGUCUUCUCAUCUGAAUUGAAUGAAUCUGAGUUCUUCCUACUCAUAGUCCUGAUGUUUUUGUAUCUUGUUUAGUGAAUUUUACUUCUGGAUAACUUUUGAAGUGAAAUUAAAUAUUUUAUAUAUACAAUAUAUUAAAAAAGAUAUAUACACAUAUAUCUUUUUGGUAUAUAUAGUCUAAUUGUCAAAAGUUACAUGAGUUGAAAUUCUCCCUCUUUUUGGUCUCUUUUUCGUCUCUUGGGGUAUUUAAAUCAUAUUCUAGGCUGAAGCUACUGAUUUUCAAUCUUGUAUAUCUGACUUAAAUGUAACCAUGUAGGAAUCAUAAAAUUUAACUUUAUGAACCCUUAAAGUUUGUUAGCAUGUGGCUUGUACACGUGCUAAAAAAUUACUCUUAUGUGUAAGAGUAAUUAAACACAUCGUGGAGGAGAAAAACUGAAAUUAAAAUUACUACUUGGGCUGCUGAAAUUAUUUAUGUUGAUAAAUAAAUGCAAAGUAAAAGAAAUUUAUAAGAUGGCUGUAUUUACAGCUACUGUAUUUAAAAAUUUUAUUUGUAUAUAUUUUCUUUGGGGGAGCUGAUUUUCCCACUAGACAAUUUAUCAUAAAUUCUCUUCGGUGCACUUCAAAAUAAUUUAGUGCUAUCCUUUAAUCAUAGAUUUUUGAAGGAAUAAAAUAAAUCAUACAAUAUGAAAAUAAAUAUAUACUGUUCUUAUUAUGAACAGAUAACAUGACAGUCUCAUUUGAUUAAAUUAGAAUUAUAGAACUUGGUAUCUUAUUAAACAGGAUAUCAUACGCACACCAAAUUGUUUUUUAUUAUUUCAGAUGAGAGGACUAGAGUGCUUAUUAAAAAUUUUUUUGUAAAUGUUUACAUGCUUUUGUCCCUAACUUGUCCUUUCUGUUUUUUGAAAAAGUAUUUUACUGUGGUGCUUAAAUUUUUUUCUUAUUAAUUAAAUCCCAUAUCCAGAAACCUUGCCUGUGAGUUGAGAAGAGGCUUUUGAUUGCUGUAUAUUUGUUCUUCUGUUGAAAAUAACCCAGUCCUACAAAAUCUUUCUAUUUAGUUGAACAUCUACAGAGUUAUUUAAGAUGUCUAAACAUGUAACAUAAAAUCAUCAUAUUGAAAGAUAUCUUAAUUUAUGGACACAGUAAAAAUUUGCAUCAUUCAGGUAAUUACUUUUCAAAAACUAGAGCCCUUUUGUCCUUACGAUACACUUUUUUUUCAAGAAAUUACAUUAGUAUGGUGCUUUGCACAAAGUGAUUUCUGAAAAAUGGGUCCCUUUAAGAUAAUUAUUUUAUGUAAUCAUUAGUUUGUUAUUUGUCACAAAGAACCUUAUUUCAGAUUGAAACUGGAAUUCUUAUUGCUCAUAUUAGCUAUCUAAUUGUUGGGAGCAUUAUAACCGUGGUGAAAUGCAACAUGAGCUACUUCUGAGUACUGUUUGUUUAAAAUUCAUUUUGUCCAUGUAAUGAUUUAUUGAUUUCUUGAUGCAUGUAAAUUGGGUGCACUUUGUUGCCACUGUAUGUUAAAUGGUGACCAAUGUUUUUACAGAAGAAUUGAACAAAAAAGUCUUUUAAGAAAUUUGGAAUGUGGUUUUGAUUUUGAAAUUUGGUUUUCUUCCUAAUCUCAGAAAGUUCUGGUAAUUGUGUCACUAAAGGAAAUAGGAUUAAUAGAUGCAGAUUUGUUACAUAGUUGUGACAAUGUUCCUGAGACAGUAAAAUGGAACCAUUUAUCCCCUUGCCGAAAUCCACACUUGUGAUACAACAUACAAUUAUGAGAGAAGAAUGAUCCCAUGUGGAGAUUAUUUAUCUUUAAGAGGAUGUGAAAAGAAGCUAUAGAAAGCGUGGCAUAAAUUACAUUGAUAGGCACCUAUAGCAGUCAUAUUCAAGCCUUCUAUAUAAUAAUGCCUCAUUUACUUUGCUCCUUUUCUCUAGAAGGUGAACUAUGAAGGUAAUGGAAAUUUAUCUUUACAACAAAAGUUUGUCCAAACCAUUUUGAAGUAAAUCUUCCUAAUUUUAGAAUUAUAUUUUCUUGCUGUCUUAAGAGUGAAUUAAAUGUAAUGUAAUCUUUUUCUUAGUGGCUAAGCAUCAUUUUCUUGGACCUGAUUAUUGUGUUGUACUACAGUAUCUCGGGAAUCUGGAUUUUAUUUCACAUUUUUAUCCUUUUCUUUUCUUUUCUUUUUUUUUUUGCUGUUCUCACUUCUGGCAACUGCUUUGUCUUUCUAAUUUGCCGCUUCUCAGCUGUAUGGACUUAGAAACUAGAUAGCGAGUUUUAUCAUAAAUUAUUUGGGAAAUAUUAAUAAAUUGACUAUGGAGCCUGAGUGACUUCAUGAUGAUGAUGAUGAUAAAUAUAAUGUUAGAUCCCUUUUAUUAAGCACUUAUUUAUUUUUAUGUACUGUAGUGUUUUAUACCCAUUAUAACAUUGAAUCACUUCAAUAACAAUGUUAAGUUGAUGUUAUUAUUAUUAUUCCCAUUUCAUGCUGGGUAAAUUGACACAUGUAGAGGUUAAUUUGUCCACCAUGUCACUACUGAGUGGACUAGAAUCUAGCUUUGUCCAAGUAUAAAGCUAUAUACUCAACUACUGUGUUCUCGACUACUAUGCGAUAGGGACAUCAGUUGCAUGGGCUACAAUUUGUAAUGUCUGUUCUCUGGUAGGUUCCUUGUUACCUGCAUAUCUGUGGAGUCACUUUCUCAUCUAUAACCUAAGGGAGUUGUACUUACACUCUCAAAGUCUAUUUACCAAACCCUGUGUUUUGGUUGCAUACUAUGUGCUAAGAACUGUUCAAGGCACUGAGUGAACAGCCAGGCAUCCCUGCCCUUUUAAGCUUAUACUGUGGGGGACAUUAGUUAGAGAGGAGAAUACAGAAAAGCAAAUAUACACUUAAAUAUAUUUUAUGCCAGAUGGGAUAAGUUCUAUAGAUAUAAAUGAACCAAGGGAGAAAGUGCCAGUGGUCAUAUGUGGGAGGGUGAGAGGUUAUUUUUAUAUAGAGUGGUCAGGGAAAACCUGAAAGUUGUGAGCAUAAGAAAUACUGAGAAUAGAAGGUGUCAUGCUAGGUUCUAGAAAGUGAUGUUAAGAAAAUAUCCAACAUGUGAAAUAUAUUUCACUUUGGAAUGCAUUGAAGAUUUUUUGGGUUUUUGUUAGGUUUGUUGGGGUUUUGUUUUUUUUGUUUUUUUGCAUUAUUCACGUUUUGUGGAUUAAGCUGAAAGAUUAAUACUGAAAUACUAAGAUUAACACCCCUGCAUAUUCACUGACAUCAAUAGAGGGAAAUGGCUCAGAAGCAUGGGGAAACUACCCUGGAAUUCAUAAAGUCAGUAGGUAAUCCAUCAGCAAAUAAUUGAGGGUUUGUUGUGUGCUCAUAAUGAAACCUUACUAACAGAUUGCUUUUCACCAAAGCAAUAAAUGCUACUGGCAUAUGAGUUGUAACACUUAAAGUUUUUUUUCCCCUGUAAGUUUUUUGAAAUGGAAUAGUAAUAAAAGCAGAGGCAACAAUUUUAAUUUUAAUGUUGAAGUUUCAGGACUUUCAGGGUCUACUGAUCCUAUGCUGCCAGCCAUAUGAAGCACAUAGUGUCUUGUAUUGGUUUUUAUGUGAAACUUUUAACAUCGAACAUAUGUUAGUGUUGUUGAUACAUUUAUGAAUGAGAGAAAUCUGAGCAAAUUUUUAAAUUCAUAGAAAGAUUAAAGAGUGAGCAUCUGAGAGAUUUUAGAAUUUCUCUACAACUCAAAUCAAACUUUUUGUUUGAAUGAAUAAAAUAUGAGGUGAUGACUAAAGAGUUAAACUCAAAGGAACUACUUUUGCAGGGAGAUGAGAACCCUCAAAAAUUGUAGGAUAAAGGUAUUUUCUAUGAGAACUGAAAUUCAUAAAGACUUGGCAUUUGCUAUAAAUAUGAAAGCUAUAUAUUUAUAUUGUGCUUUAUAAUUUAUAAAAUACACAGAUGCUAGACAUAAAUGGGGUUUAAGAGAGGUAACUGAGUCAAAGAAAACUCUUAAGUACUUUAAUGAGAAUUAAGAUUUUUUUCCUUUUUUAUUGAGGGAUACUUGAUGAACAAUAUACUAGUUUCAGGUGCACAACAUAAUGAUUCAACAUUUGUAUACAUUGCAAAGUGAUCACCACACUAAGUUACGAAGUUUUUUUCUCUUGUGAUAAGAACUUUAAGAUUUACUUAGCAACUUUAAAUUUUGCAAUAUAACAUUAUUGACUAUAGUCAAUAAUGUAAACCAAGCUGUGCGUUACAUCCCUAUGACUUAUUUUAUGCCUGGAAGUUUGUACAUCGUGAUCCCCCUUCACCCACUUUGCCCACUACCAAACCCCCUUCCUUCUGCCAACCACCAGUCUGUUUUCUGAAUCUAUGAGAUUGGCUUUAUUUUGUUUGCUCUUUUGUAUUUUUGUUAGAUUCCACAUAUAAGUAAAAUCAAACGGUAUUUGUUUUUCUCUGACUUAUUUAACUUAAUACCCUCAAGUUACAUCUGUGUUGUCAUGAAUGGGAAGAUUUCUAUUAUUUUUAUGGCAGAGUAGUAUUCCAGGGGCUGGGGGUGUGUGUGUGUGUGUGUGUGUGUGUGUGUGUGUGUGUGUGUGUGUACACCAAAUCUUUAUCCACUCAUCCAUAGAUGGACACUUAGGUUGUUUCCAUAUCUUGGCUACUAUAAACAAUGCUGCAAUGAACAUAGGAGUGCGUAUAUCUUUUCAAAUUAGUGUUUUCUUUGUCUUUGGAUAAAUACCUAGAAGUGGAA